CAGCGGCAGGAGCAGAUCGCAGUGUUGUGUGUUUCUCCGAACUCCUGCGGUUCAGUCAAGCAUGUCGUGUUUGCAGAGACGUUUACUAACUGCGUACAGGAGACUACGAGGUGUGCGAUGAUUUAUAAAACGAAACCGACGAACGUUUUGCUGAUAAACACGGAGCGGAGGAAAAUGUGGAUCCCUUUGUCGCUGGUGCUGCUGUUGGUUUGUGAAGUUCUGGCACAAGUGGAAAACCGGGUGGUUUUCCUGCCGGGAACGUUCCAGAAUGUGAGCCUAUCCGAGAAUGAGACGGUGCAGGCCGUGGUGUCCAGGAUCCCCUCGGAGGCCGCUUUCAUCACGUUGCAAUUCCACACACAGCACCACAACGCCACGCUCUCCUACACCAGGAUGCGAGGCCCGGGUUUAUCUCUGACAGCCGUGGACUCAGGUCUGUUGUCCCCUCUGGACCCGGGUCAAACAUCCCUGUCCUUGUUCUUGUCUUCUGACGGUGACACCGUGGCAGGCACUGGGGUCAUCCUCCUGUUCUCCAGCACCGAUCCGGUCCCUGGAGCUUGUAACAUCGAGUUUAACCUGGAGAUCGACCCCAAUGUCUACAUCCACUACAACCUCUACGAGACCACGAUCCGUUUCGCACCUGCAAACUUAGGAUUUGAUAGGGGUGGACCUUCUCCAGCCUGUGACAUGUCGACAGGAAUCAACACUCGCUGGCGGCUGCAGUACGACAUCUACCAGUACUUCCUGCCUGAGAACGACCUAUCAGAGGAAAGCCUGUUCGCCGGCAUCCAAGCCGUGGCCGACAUCCAGGGCAUGAUUGGCAACAGCAAACGGGUUAUGACGCUGUCGUCGUCAGAUUUGACCCAGGCCGUGUUCAGCUCCAUCCCCGGUCAGGGUGUCAUCUACUCGGUCAUAGUCAGAGACCCGAUAAUGAACACCUCGGCCUCUUACAUCCCCGUCCACACCUACGCCUGCAGCUUUGCUUCUGCUCUGGAUGGUUGUCAGACACUGGGAAAAGCAUCAACCAAAGUGUUUUUCACCAUCACUGGCCUGGCAGGACUGUUUGUCUGCUUCUUUGGACACAGAUUCUUCAAAUGUGAGUUGUUCUGCAUGGGAUUUAGCUUCGCAGCAUUUUUCUUCUUUGUCCUGAUCUCAAGGACCACAGAACUGGACUAUGACAUCCGCCUGGCCCUGGCCGCUGUGAUCGGCGUGGUGGGCGGGGUCAUCCUGGUGAUGAGCUGGUGGCGUUUUGGUUCGGUCAUGGCCUGCAUCAUUGUGGUUGGCCUGAUGCUUGGCUUUCUCAUCGCCUCCACUGUGUUCUUCACUCCUCUAGGUGACUUGAAUGUGUUCAGAAAUUCAGAUGCAGUUUUCUGGGUGACGUUCUGCUGUAUUAUGAUCAUUGUCCCACUUUUCUUCGUGCGCUGGCCCAGAGAGGGAAACAUCACCACAUGCGGUGUCGUCGGUGCUUACGCUGUGAUUCUGGCAGUCAACGCCUACAUUUACACCAGCCUUUCCUACAUCACACUAAACAUCCUCAAACGUUUCCUGAACAGUAACUUCAGCUCCGUGUUCACUGACGUGCCUUUUCAGGGCAUUGACUACAUCCUGAUCACAGUGUGGGUGGUCCUCGGUGUCUGUGGUAUCGUCCUGCAGCUUUACCGCGAGCGUUCACGCCCCUUCUUUCCACCCAGUCCUUACCUCAUGUGGUUGCAGGAGCGCGAGCGUCGCAAGACUAACGUCCUCGACCCAAGCCACCACUUCCCAUCAUUUCCCAAUCGGCUGUUGGCCAGAGCGCGGCAGCUGAUCAGGCGGGCGGAGCCAGCUGGCGAACACACACCUCUGCUCCUGUAAAGCCCAGACAUCCUGGUCCACACAGUCUCAGGGCGUUCACACCUUCAGUAUGAAGGCCUUCUUUGGGAUAAACCACAGAACAAAAGAUCUCUGGUGUAUUUUUAAUCUGUGCAAUCUCAGACUCUGAUAUGAGAUUCGAGGGAACUAUUCAGAUCAUCAGAGGGGCGUCUUCCUGGUGGCUGCGUCGGCUGCAGCAGAGCCCCAACGUCAGCAGAGUGAAAGAUCUCAGUGAAAAUACAGCACGAGGGACUGUGUAUAUCACUGAGACUCUUUAAUUUGUAGAAAGACUGCGACUUUUGUCCUUUAACUAAUGCCACUUUGAUAAAACACUUAUGAGACUAUUGACGAUGACUUACACCACUUGAGAAGAACUAAAGUGUCUUCAAAAUUCUCUAGUAACUGAAAUGUGUCUGUCAUGUUGUCAUCCCUUUGGAAUGUUUGCACUAAGUGACACAAAUAUUAAUAAUGUAUAAAAGGCAUUUCAUCCAUGGACAGUUUACAUUGAUAAACCAGGUCUGUCUUUAAAGGUUCAUGGUGUAAUAAUGUGAGUUUAGGGUUUUUUUUAUUGACCUAAGAAACAGAAAUUCCACAUGAAGUUCACACCAUGAGGUAAAAACAUGACAUCCAGUCAGUGAUCCUUGAGCUAAAUGCCAUCAAAUUCAUCUGGACUUCUAGUUAUACACUGAUCCCAGACGCUGGAAUAAUACUGAGUUCCUAAAAUUUAAAUCACUAAAUACGCUGAACUGAAAAUAUGUAGAAAAUAAUGUUUAUAUGAUGCUUUUAGGCUUCAAACUUGAGUUGAUAAUGGACCAAUUAUCUCUUGGCCUUAAAUAUGUGGCUCAGUCACCACUGGUUUGCAGUUGCCAUGAUACUGACCCAAGAAAAAAACCACUUUGCAUAGUUUCAAUGUUUCAGCCUUUAUACAAAAAAGAGCAGUAUUUGCAUUCACUUGUGUUGAUCAGGUGGUUGAACCUCCUGCUUCCUGGUGUGUUAUGAAUCCAUGAAUCUGUGGUUCUGUCUUUUUGUCAUUUGCACACUUUAAUGUAUGUCAUGUUUCUCGCUGUACUGGUGCUGACUGAUGGAGUAAUGAAUCUGUUCAUAUUUGAGUAUAAAUCCUCGCCGGUGUGCCAUAAAACCUUUCUCAGGGUUUCACACUCAGCUUUUGGACUGCAAUGCACUGGAAGAACACAACAAAGCCUUUGAUUUUAAACUUGUAAAUAUCUGUCAGUAUUUUAUGCAUCUUAAGAACUGAAAUCCCUGCUUUCACUUUUUUCUAAUCCAAACCCUCAUGCAGGUGUAUGUAUGUGUAAAGGCCAAUUGUAGUUUGUACACGUUUGAUAUUUAAUAAAGGCCUACAGGUGAAAUCGUG